UACGAGAGCAGCGCAUGCGCAGUGGAGCUCACGGGAAGCCAUGUUAAAGUUAGUGAAGUACUGCGACUGAGAUUCCCUUCUGACGCCGUAUGUUUAUUUUUUUUCUUCCGUUUUUCUCCUUUCGUCCGUGUCAGGGCUCCCAGCAAAUCUAACAUUGAUAGUCAGAGGCCGGAGUCCCCAUGAUGAACUCUAGUUUCGAUCUGUCCAGGCGAAAUCCGCAAGAGGAUUUCGAGCUUAUCCAGAGGAUAGGCAGCGGGACCUACGGGGAUGUUUACAAGGCUCGUAAUGUCACUACAGGAGAGCUGGCUGCUAUCAAGGUCAUUAAACUGGAGCCAGGCGAGGACUUCGCAGUGGUUCAGCAGGAAAUAAUCAUGAUGAAAGACUGCAAGCACUCUAACAUUGUGGCCUAUUUUGGUAGUUACUUAAGGAGAGAUAAAUUAUGGAUAUGUAUGGAAUACUGUGGGGGAGGCUCAUUGCAAGACAUAUAUCACGUUACUGGGCCUCUAACAGAAUCACAGAUCGCAUAUGUAACAAGAGAAACCCUUCAGGGUUUAUAUUACCUACACAACAAAGGAAAGAUGCACAGAGACAUAAAGGGUGCCAAUAUUUUAUUGACGGACAAUGGUUAUGUCAAGCUAGCUGAUUUUGGUGUAUCUGCACAGAUCACAGCCACACUAGCAAAAAGAAAAUCGUUCAUUGGGACUCCUUAUUGGAUGGCCCCAGAGGUGGCCGCUGUGGAGAGGAAAGGGGGCUACAAUCACCUGUGUGACAUCUGGGCUGUGGGCAUCACCGCCAUUGAACUGGCCGAACUACAACCUCCCAUGUUUGACCUUCAUCCAAUGAGAGCUCUGUUUUUGAUGACGAAAAGCAACUUUCAACCCCCCAAAUUAAAAGACAAAGUUAAAUGGACCAACAACUUCCACAAUUUUGUGAAAUUGGCGUUGACGAAAAAUCCAAAGAAACGGCCACCGGCUGACAAGUUAUUGCAGCAUCCCUUGGUGUCCCAACCAUUGAGUCGUAUUUUGGCAAUUGAGCUGCUGGAUAAAGCGAACAACCCCGACCACACGUCCUACACAGACCUGGAUGAUGACGACCCAGAGCCGGAGCCUCCAGUGUCUGUUCCACAUCGGAUUCGCUCAGCAAGCCGCACCAGUCGGGAAGGGAAGACUCUGUCAGAGAUUAACUUCGGUCAGGUGAAGUUUGACCCUCCUUUAACAACAGAGACGAAACCGCAUCAUGAACCGCCCGACACUGACGAUUUUUUGGACUGUGCCGAAGAAAUAUACUACACUGCAAGAUCUAAUCUGGAUUUACAAAUGGAUUAUGAGCAAGGAUCCCCUAAAGGCUCCAUCAUGGGAGGAAAUAAGAGCCUCUUGAAAUCUGUUGAAGAAGAGCUGCACCAGAGGGGGCAUGAGGCUCAUUUGGAGGAUGAUGAUGAGGGUGAAGAUGAUGGUGAUGAUCAUGAUGAUGAAUUGCAACACACGAAAAACUCUACCAUGAGGCCUAAGGUCCCCCCACCACUUCCUCCCAAGCCAAAGCCCAGUCCCGGACCUCAUCAAAGCUCCUCAGGCGAUCAUGACGGUAACCAGGGCACUAUAAAGCGCUGUCCGGAGCCCGAAAGCCCGGCUCGAUCAUCCACCAACGUACCCCCUCGACCUCCGCCGCCUCGACUGCCAGCAAACAAGCUCAGCAGUUUAGGUAAUGAGACCAGUCGGGAAGAACUUGACCCGUGGGAAGCCCAGGGGGAUGCUGGGAUAUGUAGUCAGUUCGACGAGAGUCUGCAGGUCUCGUUUGACGACGAGGAAGAUCACGAUGAGGAAGGAGACAGUAAUGGAAUUAGCCCAUCUGAACACUCGCCCUCAACGGAGACACAGUCCACAAUGCCCCCUGCUGUUCCUGGAACGAAGGACAAGAAAGAUUUUCUAAAACCCAUCAGCAAUGGUCUCCCUCCAACUCCAAAGGUUCAUAUGGGAGCAUGUUUCUCUAAAGUCUUUAAUGGCUGUCCAUUAAAAAUACAUUGUGCUACCUCAUGGAUCAAUCCAGACACACGAGACCAGUAUCUGAUAUUUGGAGCAGAAGAAGGCAUCUACACCUUAAACCUUAAUGAGCUGCACGAGACGUCCAUGGAGCAGCUUUUCCCCAGGAGAUGUACUUGGCUGUAUGUCAUGAGCAACAGCCUGCUAUCAAUAUCCGGAAAAGCAUGUCACCUGUACUCUCACAGUCUGAGUGGCCUGUUUGAGCAUGCUCGACAUAUGCAGAAACUCCCUGUUGCCAUACCAACAUACAGAUUUCCUGACAAAAUGAUCCCCAGGAAAUUCUCAGUGUCCAACAAGAUCCCUGAAACAAAAGGGUGUCAAAAGUGCUGUGUAGUGAGGAAUCCUUAUACUGGUCACAAGUACCUGUGCGGUGCGUUUCAGUCCAGUAUUGUCCUUUUUGAGUGGGUGGAGUCCAUGCAGAAAUUCAUGUUGGUCAAGAGCAUAGACUUCCCCCUGCCGUGUCCGCUGGAGGUGUUUGAGAUGCUGGUGGUUCCAGAGCAUCAGUAUCCUCUCAUUUGCAUAGCUGUGAGCAAAGGGACCGAGCUUAACCAGGUGGUGCGGUUUGAGACCCUCAAUCCCAACUCUACCACCAACUGGUUCGAUUCUGAUACCCCACAGAGUUGUGUGAUGCAUGUGACCCAGCUGGAGAGAGAUACAAUUUUAGUCUGCUUAGAUCGGAGCAUUAAGAUUGUGAAUUUGCAAGGCCGGUUAAAGUCCAGUCGAAAACUCUCAGCCGAACUGACUUUUAACUUCCAGAUUGAAUCAAUAGUUUGCCUUCAAGACAGUGUGUUGGCCUUCUGGAGGCAUGGCAUGCAAGGACGCAGCUUCAAGUCCAAUGAGAUUACACAGGAGAUUUCUGACAACACAAGGAUAUUUAGACUGCUGGGUUCAGACAGAGUGGUGGUUUUGGAGAGCCGGCCAACAGACAAUCCAACAGCACACAGCAAUCUCUACAUCCUCGCAGGCCACGAAAACAGCUACUGACCGCAAUGCAUCUUGGUGCAAAAAACACUACAUGCCGGAAUGCAGCGUUACAA